AUGUGGAGAUAUGUGGAUGGUGGCAGUGGAUGGACUCUCUAUUUAGCAGCGCCUGCCUUGCCGCAAUGUUCUUCAGUGGCAGAGCCUUCAUCGUCGGCGGCGCGAAUCAAGUUGUUUGCAUGGUGGUUUCGCCUAUGUUGGUUGUGGUCCGGUGAUAGGCGAAAGAGAGCGAUGUGGAAAUCGCCGGCGGUAACGAUUGGGGUGGGUGGAGGUCUGGUUAAACCCGGCGGUGGGGAUUGCGCCGGUGGGGAGAGACGAUUUCGUGUCAAACCAGGAGACGCUGUGAAGAAGAAAUGA